AGUCAUUUUGGUGUAAUUCAAUUCCUUUGACGGCACCGUGGACGAGAUUUCCAAACAAGGAAUGCGGCUGUUGCUGCAAGCAGGCAGAGAAAAAGCAGAGCUGCAAGUCCUCGGCGGCGGGUUCGGGGAUGUGCGCAAGCCCACCUCAGAUUCACUCCUCCGUCAAACCCACACCUUCACCUGGAAGAUAGUAAAAAACUGUGCAGGCGAGAUUUAGACACAGUUGAAAUGUGGAAAAACAAAACUCACAGGAAGUACAACUAGCGGGUUAUUUCUCUGUCAAUUAAAGAAGAUGGACGUUUGAUUGAGGAACAGAACAAGAAAGCAACAUACGAACACACUCGUUAUUUUCCUUACAUUUUUACGCACUGAGAGAACAAACGGAAUCAACGGACAUUCCCAACUCGUUGGGGUUUCACACAUCUCAAUAUCAACAAUUUAAACAUUGGUGAUUUUUGUUGACCUAUCGAAGGACUUACUGGCACACUUUUUUGGGAUUUGGUUGGUGUCCAGUGACAAUAUGCAUCAAAUGGAGAAGUGACUUGUUCAAGGUUGCUGGGAAAUUACCCCGCCAUCCGUCAAUUUAUGGAUUUUUGAGCGCUACCAUCACAUUUUUUGCAUCUCUUAAACCUCCUCGAACGACAAUUCCUAAAGAGUCAGUCCAAACUGCAACAUCAUUCUGUUUAUCUAAAACAAUGUCGAACAUUGCAUCUCAAUUUGCCAGUUGCCCGCCUCGAAUGGUGAUUCAGUAUUUUUUUCCUCUGCUAUUGAUGGGGGCUUGGUGCCACUCAUCCCCUUCAGGGUCCAAGUCAAACUCCUGUUCUACACUGGUUCAAAGCCGCUUUUUUGGCUUCUUUCGGUCAUCAUCAGUAUUCCCCACUGUGCCUUGCUCCUGGACCCUGCAGAAUCCUGAUCCACGACACUACACCGUCUUCAUCAAGAUAACCAAACCUACCCAGGACUGCCCACUGUUACAGCUUCAUAUCUUCCAAUACGACUCCUUCUUGGAGACCACACACUCCUACCUAGGAAUUGACAGCUUUGACGAAGUUGUGAGGCUGUGUGACACCUCCUCACCAAUGGCCUUCCUAGAGGCCGACAAGCAGUUUGUUCACAUGAGAAAGGGUCCUCAUCAGAAAGAUGCAACCACUAAAAGUGACAGUGAUGAGUUCAAAGUCGAGUACCUGGUUGUUGGAAAACGUAACCCCAGCAUGGCAGCCUGUCAGAUGCUUUGCCAGUGGCUGGAGGACUGCCUGGCCUCCAGCACAUCAAGCAGGCCAUGUGGCAUUAUGCAGAUGCCGUGUUCGUGCUGGCAUCCGCCGCCAAAGCACGGUGAGGGCAACAGCUGUUACUACAAUGGAGUUUACCUGGAAAACUGUUUACCCAAAGUAAGAGAAACUGGAAAAAACAUCAAAAUAAAUGGUAAAGACCUGCAAAUUUCUCGAAGUCAGUCACUUCGUUCAGUGGACAGUCGUAAGCAGCUUGAUGAUGGAGACAAGCAACAAAGUGGACAGCAAAACCCUCAGACAGACUCAACCUCAGGUGAGGAGUGGUCAGCAUGGAGUGUGUGUUCUGCUACAUGUGGGGAGGGCUGGCAGAGUCGCACUCGUUUCUGUGUCUCCUCCUCGUACAGUACCCAGUGUAGUGGGCCACUGCAGGAGCAGAAAACUUGCAACCCUGCUGUUUGUCCAGUGGCCGGUGCUUGGGAUGAAUGGUCACCAUGGAGUUUAUGUUCGUCAACAUGUGGCAGAGGUUAUAGAUCCCGAACACGAACCUGCACGCCACCCCAGUUUGGAGGAGAUCCCUGUGAUGGUCCAGAGAAACAGACUAAAUUCUGUAAUAUAGCUGUCUGUCCAGUGGAUGGCGAAUGGAAUGAGUGGUCAAGUUGGAGUUCCUGCUCAUCUUCCUGCUCUAAUGGCACCAUGCAACGAACAAGAGAGUGUAACGGCCCCUCAUACGGAGGUUCUGAAUGUAGAGGAGAGUGGUUGGAGACCGUUGACUGCUUCCUUGGGGAAUGCCCUGUGGAUGGGAGGUGGCAGCCAUGGUCUUUAUGGUCAGGGUGUUCCAAGACUUGUGGCGGUGGGAGACAGCAGAGAAACAGAAUUUGUUAUGGGCCCUUUUUUGGGGGGCAGUCUUGCCCUGGAGAACGAGAAGAGGUCCGGCACUGUAAUGAAAAAAGAUGCCCGGAGCCUCAUGAAAUAUGUGCUGAGGACAACUAUUCAAACAUUGUUUGGAAGAUGACUCCUGCUGGAGAUACAGCAGCAGUACGAUGUCCUCCCAAUGCAAUGGGGUUGAUUUUGCGUCGCUGCAUCCUUGAUGAGGAGGGUAUGGCAUUCUGGGAGAAUCCGACCUAUAUGAAGUGCAUUUCCAAUGAUUAUCGCAGCAUACAAACUUUGACUCGAGAACAUUUAUCCAAAGCACAGCGAGGCCUUGUGGGUGAUGGACUGUCUGAAGUGAUGACUAAACUGAGGGUGACUUCCAGUGAUGGCACCAGCUACAGUGGUGAUUUGCAGGCCAUUUUGGAUGUGCUGAAGAACAUGACUGAGAUCUUCAGGAGGGCAUACUACAGUCCCAGCAGUGCAGACAUGAGGAACUUUGUCCAGUCACUUAGUAAUCUACUAAUGGAAGAAAACAGAAUGCGAUGGGAAGAAGCUGAACUGGUAAAGCUGGGUCCAAACAUCAAAGAGCUGUUCCGCCUGUUUGAGGACUUUGUGGAUGUUGUCGGUCUGAGAAUGAAAGACUUUCAGGACAUGUAUGAAGUGACCGACAACAUAGUUCUAAGCAUCCACAAGCGUCCUGUGCUGAGUAAUGCAGAUAUCAGCUUCCCGAUGAAGGGUUGGAGAGGCAUGGUGGAUUGGGCUCGCAACUCAGAGGACAGAGUCAUCAUCCCAAAACACGUCCUGCUAACAGCCAAGCCAGAUUCAGACGACUCCUCGACAUUUGUAACAGGUAUCAUUCUGUACAGAAACUUGGGAAGCGUUCUGAAUUUGCAAAGAAAUGGCACUAUACUCAACUCCAAGAUUGUAUCCGUCACCAUUAAACCCACUCCUGCUUCACUUUCUGCUCCUGUUAUAGUUGAAUUCUCUCACUUGUACAACGGCACCACGAAUCAGACAUGUAUAUCCUGGGAUGAAAAUGAAAGCUCCUCUCUGCUGGGAUCCUGGUCUGCUAGGGGCUGCAAAACCGUACUCGUCGAUGCACUCAGAACCAAAUGCCUGUGUGACAGACUGUCCACCUUCGCCAUUUUAGCACGACUUCAUCCCGAAAUGAACAUGGAUAAGACACAGCUCCCAUCUGUGACACUGAUUGUGGGUUGUGGAGUGUCUUCUCUGACAUUGUUGCUACUCAUCAUCAUCUACGUGUCGGUCUGGAGAUAUAUUCGGUCUGAAAGAUCAGUCAUUCUUAUCAACUUCUGCCUUUCAAUCAUUUCUUCCAAUGCCCUUAUUCUCAUCGGACAGACCCAAACAAGAAAUAAGGUCUUAUGUACCAUAAUAGCUGCGUUUCUUCACUUUUUUUUCCUGUCAUCAUUCUGUUGGGUCCUGACGGAGGCAUGGCAGUCAUACAUGGCAGUGACGGGUCGUCUAAGGAAUCGAAUAAUACGCAAGCGUUUUCUCUGUCUUGGUUGGGGACUCCCCGCCCUUGUUGUUGCAAUCUCAGUGGGCUUUACCAAGGCAAAAGGCUACGGAACACCGAGCUACUGCUGGUUGUCUCUGGAAGGAGGUCUACUCUAUGCAUUUGUUGGACCAGCUGCUGCUGUUGUCUUGGUUAACAUGGUUAUUGGGAUUCUCGUAUUUAACAAACUGGUGUCCAAAGACGGCAUUACUGAUAUGAAACUAAAGGAGAGGGCGGGGGCUCCUCACUCAAGAACAUAUCAGCCUCAGAAGCCCCUUCCCAUGCUAUCAAUGACUUGUCAGAUGACAGUGCCACUGUACAAUAUGACGCUCAAAUGUGCCAAGUGUGGAGUUAUCUCGUCGGCUGACGUAUCCGCCACAGCUACCAGUAACGCCAUGGCCUCACUGUGGAGCUCCUGCGUGGUUUUGCCCCUUCUGGCUCUUACAUGGAUGUCAGCUGUACUUGCCAUCACUGACCGGCGCUCUGCACUAUUCCAGAUUCUAUUUGCUGUCUUUGAUUCUAUGGAAGGCUUUGUCAUUGUAAUGGUGCAUUGCAUCCUGCGAAGAGAGGUUCAGGAAGCAGUAAAGUGCCGCGUGGGAGACCGCCAGGAAGAUGGUAAUGGGGAUUCUGGUGGAUCUUUCCAGAAUGGACAUGCUCAGCUUGUGACUGACUUUGAGAAGGAUGUUGAUAUGGCUUGCAGAUCAGGCAAUAUGAAGCACUCCUCCCUCCAGGGAGAGGAAAAGCCCACUUCUGGGGCUGUAACCCUUCAAAGGGGAUCUAACUUCAAUACAAUGCCAGCCAGUAUGGCCAAGGUCCAUCUCCAGAACAUGGCAGAUUAUACCAGCCACACACUGACUCUACGCAGAGAGAAAUGUACUACUAAAGGAAUCAGCACUGAGUUGCCAGGUGCCAAAUCCAUUUACAUAUGUGACAGUGAGCUCUUUAAGCAGCUAGAUGGUGACCUUCCACAAAGGAAUGGCGAAGGAAGCAGUUGUGAGGGCACUGGCAAAGCCCCAGGGCUAGUCCUAUUACCAACCAACAACACAGCUACCCUCAGGCCAGCCAAGGGCAAAGAAGAGCAUCCAACCAAGUACAACAUUAGUGUUGAGCAGCUGCCUCAGACAAGGCACAUCCACCUGGCUAACCCUGUCAGUGGUGAGCCAGUGCUUGGAUUCGGACUGAAGAGCUUGCCUGCUGACCAGGUCAGUGUGUCAUGUUCAGAGAGAGACUCACCUGCGCACAACCUUCAAAACCUGCCAAGAGACUCUCAAGUGGACAGCAGCACCUGUAAUGGAGCAGAAUCUGGAAACUCUGUUGUGAUGACAAAGAGUGAAACUGUUUCUACACUAUCUACAAGCUCCCUGGAGAGGCGAAAAUCACGCUAUGCAGAGCUUGACUUUGAGAAGAUAAUGCACACCCGGAAACGCCACCAGGACAUGUUUCAGGACCUGAACAGGAAGAUUCACAAUGCAGACAUGGAUGUAGAGUCUUCACCUGUUGAUGCCAAAGCUACUAAAAGAUGGAGCGUGUCCUCUGCCGGCAGCGACAAGACCAACAUAAGUGAUAAGCAGCAGACUCCAAGUAAGAGGGUGUGGGAGGGCAUUCAAAAGACCCACUCACCUCCAUCUUGGGGAAGAAAAGACCUGGCAACAGCAGUGACCUCCCCUUUGGAGAUGCAGACGGUAGAGUGGGAGAAGACAAGUGCAACUAUUCCUUUGGUAGGCCAGGAUAUCAUGGACCUGCAAACGGAGGUGUGAUAAAUAAGGCGUAUUUCCUUGCGUAACCUUUCACUUCACUCUUGGACAAAUAAGGAACAUGUCACAUGUACUGGAUGAGUUCUACUGCAAAUGUGAGGAAAAAGGAGAGUAAAAAAAGACACUAAAUGCAGGACAUUUCCAUACGAGAACUGCUGUCAUGAUGUCUUUGUAUGUUGUUUCAUUUACUGUUUUGACCGUGUUUUCAUCAGACACGAACUGCCUCCCUGAAUAUGGACAUGAGUACCAAACUGCUUACGGGGGAGGGACGGUUUGGUCGGACAUUUAGUGACUCCAUUGUGUAUCAUACACAAAGGCUAUGACUUGUUGUCUAGUAUGUAUUUAAUGGUUGUAAUGUAAUUAGUCAUGUCUUCUUUCUAUCCAUUCAGUCUUAUUACGUCACUGUUGCACUCUCUUUCUCUAAAUCAGCACUGCUGUUUUACAUGGCUCAAAUGUUUUUUUCCUCAACAUCAGUGAUAAAUUGAAAUAUCAAGAAUAGUUUGAGGACAGACUGCCAAGCGCCCGCUGCUAUGCUCCUUAAGUCAAUCCCUUCGCCUGCACAAAUCACCCAUAUCCUUCUGGCUCCGACAUUUUUUUUCCACACUAGCACGGUUGGCACUGGUGAGACAAGUUGAAGGGGAAUGUGGAUGAAAACAAAAUCAAGCGUCCAAAAGGAGAAUUGCCUUCUCCUCGAAUUAUUCCUCUGCUGAAAUUAUAGCAGGCUUUGACAUCUAAUUGGGCUUCGACCACAAUUCCACCCCUGAGGAUCGGGGAUAGCUCACAUCUACACUCAACUGUGUGGCAUUUGUUGACAACGACAAGCAGGCAGGCUUCGUGUUGCUAAAAUUCCAUUUUUAAAAUUGGUCUGAAAAAGGAAUAUCUAUGUUGAAUAAUUAAAAAUAGGUAUGUGGCUCAAGAUAUGAAUAUACAGUCUACCGUAUGUUGUGAUACAUAAAAGGAACAUGAAAGCACAAGGCUCAUUUGGAGUCACGAUGUACAGCAUUGUAAUUAUAUGACAGAGUUCUACAGAGUGCAUUUCAGCGUUUAAAUAUAUUUCAUACUCUGCUUUUGAAGAGUCAUUAUUAAAUAUCAAAAGAAGUAUUACGAUA